AUGGAUAAAAUCCAAUCAUUCAUUGAUCAAAGGGUGCCCAUUAAAUAUAUAAAUAUAGAAGAUGAUAUAAUAAGUUAUGAUAACCAAUUGGAAUUAGUCAAACUAAUAAAUUCACAUAUAGAUCAAAAUGCAUAUUAUUUUAAAAAUCUACUAUCGAAGUAUAUAAAAAAAUUAGAAUUAUCAAAUGAAGAAUUAUCAGAUGAAGUUUACGAUUUAUUUGUUGAUCCAAAAAUUUUAAAUGCUAAAGAAUUAUCACCCGAUACCCCAGAUAUAAUCAAAUAUCAUGUCAAUGGUUUUACAUCAAUAGCAAAAGAUGAUAGCAAUAAAGUCAUAAUUAAAGAGACACCGAGAUUGAUAUCUGGGAACAAUACUACAGGACUUAGAACUUGGGAAGCUGCGCUUUACCUUUCCAAUUGCUUGAAUGAUCAAAAUAUACUUCAGCAUAUAAUUCCUUUCGGGUUGGAGAACAAAACCAUACUAGAAUUGGGAUGUGGGACAGGACUUUUAAGUUUAUCAUUAGCCAAGAUUCAUCAUAAAACAAGACCCUUAAAGAAAAUCAUAAUGACCGACGGAUCAAUGACAGUUUUUGAUAAUGUACAGGAAGUACUCAAACUCAAUGAUUUAGAAUCUGACAAUUUAAUACAUUGUCAACAAUUAAUUUGGGGAGAGGAAUUGACAAUCAAAAGUAAAAUCGACGUUGUUAUAGCAGCUGAUAUUACAUAUGACUCAAGAAUACUACGGCCAUUAUGUCAGACUAUUGCUGAACUUUUCCAAUACAAAGAUUUGAAAUUGGCGCUUAUAGCAGCCACUGUUAGAAAUAUAGAUACCAUCAAUUGUUGGGAAGAAGAACUAAACAAUUGGUUCCCCAAUCGAUGGGAAACUACAAAACUGGAAAAAGAUCCUGGUUCAAUGAAAUCAAUGUGCUUUUUUAGCCCCAAUACUCCUGAAAUUCGUAUUUAUUCUAUAGAAAUCUAA